AUUUAUCUGAUUGUUUACAUUUCGGAUUUUGUUGAGAUAACCACGAACGGAUUUUCAGUAUUACAUGCGUGUGUAGGCCUACCAUAUGUUCAACCAAAAUGUGACUCAAUGCUCCAAAGUGAUUUGAGAUAUGCAGUUAUAAUAUUACAAAAUAUUAAUUUAUCAACGCUCGUCGCUAAAGACGCUAGCAUUGCUAGUCUUUCAAUUCAAGUCACAUUCUGCACUCUUCAUUACACUGCUAACAGUGGACAGAAAAGAGAGAAAGUUUCAGACAUGAGUUUCGCUUUUUGCCUCAAACUUGUUCUCAACAAAUGCCCUGCUGUUUGUUGCAGGGUCCAUAGAGUUGACAGACACUUGUUCAAUGCAGUUAACCGUGUGAGAACUUUACCGGUUUGUUCCAGUUAUUCUGGUGUUAGUGUUUUUACAAGGGCAGCGAUGUCAACAAUGGCGGAGGCUUCAUCACAAGAUCUUGUGGUCGAUCAUGACGUACAAAACAAGACUUUCUACAUUCAACUAGCUGGUGUAACGGAAAAGGCGGUGUUAAAUUAUGAUGUUCUGGAGGCAGACACGGUUGAUUUGCAUCACACUGGUGUUCCUGUGUCCAUGAGGGGGAAGGGGAUUGCUAAGAUCUUGGCAAAGGCUGCCUUGGACCACUUUGUCGCCCAGAACACCAACAUGAAACUCACCUGUACUUAUCUCCAGAAGUACUUCAAGGAGAAUCCCUUACCUCAAUACAAAGAAAGGGUCGUUGACCUAUGACCCUUCAUAUUGACCUAUGACCCUUCACCAACUUUUGACCCUCAAACAAUUUUGAUUCUUCUUCAAGUUUUGAUUAUCAUAAUUGUACAGAAAUUGAUACCCUAGAUUAAAUGUCGGGUUUAGUCAUUAUCUAUCUUUUCAACAAGUCGUUUUCCUUUUCCUUUCAGUUUACUUUGAAGGGGUGGAUUAACCGAUGGUUUUACUUUUAUCUCUCAAUGUCACUUGAUUGACCGGAGGGACAGGGUGGGUGGGAGGUGAAUUUUAUUUACUGUAUUCAAAUAAUGUAGUAUUGUUAGCCGUCAACAAUUUCCUGUGUACAAGUGCAUUAGUGUCACCAACAGAGGGCACUAUGAUCCAUUUUCAUUUUUGGCAUUGAGCCUAAUUUAAAGAUA